AUGCCCGAUUGCCUACGCUCCGGCGCGCCCCCUCCGACCCGUACGCGCCCCUCUCCCCGCUCUCCCAGCCCCACCCCCCGCUCCCCGAGCCCCGUCGACGAGAACGAACCCCCGUUCACCAUGGUUGUCGACCCCACGUCGCCACUGGAGUGGCCGACCUCAACUGUCCGAACGGUCCUCGGCACCAUCAGCGGAGGUGACCUCACCGACACCACCGACCCCGACGCCCUACCCCGCACCCCCCCCUACCCCACCCCUGCUCUGGGCCCCGCCACUGUCCACUAUCGGAUGCCCCUCCUCGGCUAUCCAGCAUACGGAGGGGCCCUCCUCUACGACGAGCGACUCCCGGACGGCUGGCAGAUCGGGCCAGACGAACCCCGUCACGUCAGCGGACACCCUUGGGAGUGGCGUAUCUCGGGCCACCUCAACGGGACGGCUCUCCUUGAGGUCCAGCUCCGGAGCUACGCCUGGGACGAGCGGUGGGAGCAAAUCCCUGGCGUCGACAACGCCUACCUCAUCGGCGUCUUGAGCGACAACCUCCACCCCAGUGGACGGUUCACGGAGACCCAAUAUCUCGGGUUCCUUCGGGCGAUGAUCCAGGCACGCGACCCCGCCGCCCGCGUCACCGACCACGACUACCGGAACGGACGCGCCGUGCGGCUCUACGACAACAUGUCGGCGCACGACGUCCAUCGCAGCCUAUGGGGGAACUUCUACGACGACGAGAUCCUCGAUGUCUCCGACUACGGCGACUCUCCUCCACCCACCCCUGCCACACCCGCCGCACCCAUCGAGGACGUCCUCCGUGCUCGCAGCCCCUCCCCCGUAUCGCCGCCUGCUGUCGUCCAUGACGCCCCCUUUGACGCCAACCCUUUCCGCCCUGUCCGCCCCGCCCCUGCUAACCCUUCGUCCCGUUCACCAUCGCCCCCCGCCACCUCCUCACCCAUCGCACCGUCACCGUCCCGCACAAUCACCUUCAUUGCUGGAGGCUACUUCAGCCCGGACAACCCUGGCUUGCGCAUCGGGCUCUGGUACCCACCCGCGCCUUCGUCACCACUCACGGAGCCGGACUUGGAGUUGAACGAUCGGGACGAUCGUGCUUAG